UGUCGUCAAAAUGCAGCACGCCAAGCGAUUAAAAAUAUCGGAAAAUUGUGAAAAACUAGAUAUAAAUUACCAAUUUACGAAGAAAAGUGUGUAUUAUGGCGCCACAAGCAAAGCGUCGCCAGACGAACGUGAAAAUAGCGAUUCUGGAUUCACCGAAUGUUCGACAAUUUCUGAUCGCGACGUCAGUUUAGAUGCCUGUGGCACAUCCUCCAUGGCAAGUAACGGCACAGUUGAGCGUCCGCAGUUUUGCGACGACGAUGACGAGACAAUCCGCGAUGUCAACAUGAUUGGGCCGUUACCCUUUGAGGGGCCUCCUCCAGAUCCGUCAGACGAAUAUGCGGAAUAUGACGAGGACGACGAUGACGAUAGUUCGAGUGUCGUUUCGCGUCUUUCGGGCUUGUCACAUUUGUCAGAUUGCGACGACACCGGCGGAAUUCUGCCCGGCAAUCCGUGGAUCCGAAAACAAAUUCAAAACGGCGUCAGUCCCCGCGACUUGUUGUCCCAAAUGAUCCAAAGUUCCGACGUUAUACCGCAACACGUAAGCGACUUGACGCUCUGGCGCAUCAUUGCGUCGACCCUCGUUGAGCCACGUCGCCAAAAGUUGCGCGACUACCACAGUUUGGAUCACGCCAUGGAUUUAAUCAAAAAUGCGAAUAACAUUAUCGUUCUUACGGGAGCCGGGGUGUCCGUUUCUUGCGGCAUUCCAGAUUUCCGCUCGAAAGACGGCAUUUAUUCGCGACUCGCACAAGAAUACCCCAACCUACCCGAUCCGCAAGCAAUGUUCGAUAUUCAGUUCUUCCAAAAGGACCCGCGUCCCUUCUUCAAAUUCGCCAAAGAAAUUUAUCCGGGACAAUUUCGUCCGUCGCCCUGUCACAUGUUCAUCAAGCAGUUGGAGCAAAAGGGCAAACUCCUGCGAAACUACACACAGAAUAUCGAUACGCUGGAAAAGGUAGCGGGCAUCCGGAACGUCAUCGAGUGUCACGGUUCGUUUGCGACGGCAAGUUGCACGCGAUGCAAGACAAAAGUUUUGGCAGAAUCGAUUCGCGAGGAUGUCUUUAAUCAGCGAAUUCCGCUUUGUCAGACGUGCAAUCCGGGAGCCACGAGUCCGGAGCCCACGGUGCUCGGAGAAAAUGUUGAAUUAACGAAGGAAUUGGUGGAACGGGGCAUCAUGAAGCCCGACAUUGUCUUCUUUGGCGAGGGAUUGCCCGAGGUGUUCCACGAAACGAUUGAGCGAGAUCGCGACAAGUGUGAUUUGUUGAUUGUCAUUGGAUCGUCGUUGAAAGUGAAGCCUGUCGCCAUGAUCCCCAAUUGGUUGGCACCCAAUGUCCCACAAAUUUUGAUCAAUCGAGAGCCUUUAUAUCACAUGGAUACGUUCGACAUCAACUUACUUGGAGAUUCUGACGCAAUCACGCGGCAUUUGUGCUCAUCACUGGGUGAGGAAUGGACCAGUAUUGAAGAUUUAGUGAGUACCCCUUUGAACGAAUGUAGUGAAUUAUUACCAGAAACAGAGCCUGAAGUCAAAUUAGACGAAUCCUCAAGUUCUGACGAGAAAAAUCAAACAAUUGAACGGCUAGAAAUCGAUACAGUUGUUACAGAGACAAAAACCGAAACCCCCUCAUCCUCUUCCAACGAAGUAUUGUCUCAAACCGAAACAACUGUAACUGUAGCGCAGGAGAACGAAGUAACGACAGCCGUUAUCGAAGACACGUGUGAUAACCUUCCCAGUGACGAGGACGAUGCCUCGUCGUGCGACGAAUUCGAAUUUAAGCGAAAACGUCAAAGUUUGGCAGAACGUCUGCCUCCAAACAGUUUCUACAAGUUGGCGCCGCGCGUUUUCAUCUUUCCCGGCGCCGAGGUCUACAUGGAUGACGAGGACGACGACGAUUCGGGCAGUUGUGCGGACGUCGAUGAAAACGACACAAUUAUCACGCCCGAAGAAGUGGCGGAAAUCAAUGGCACAAACUCACUUAUGUCGACACCUCCAUCCUCCACAGAUCUCCCAAACCCGUCUGCGGAAACAACAACACCGACAGAUAACCCAAGUAACAACUAAGUAACGAUAGUUAUAAUUAUUUUAGAGAAAUUAAGUUAAAAACAGAAUUAAAAGGUGUCCCGGGGCUUUUGUGAAAGGCUCUAAUAUUCUAUAAAAAAAAAUUACUAAUUAAAAGUAGCAUAAGUAUAAAAUAUUUUCUUAAAAAGAAAAACAAAAAAUUAAAUCAGAUGACUAAUAUAAAAUAUAAAAAAAAUUAAAUUAAUUGCAGUGCAAAUAGAGAUAAAUUAAACACUCACACAAACACACACAUAAGCGAUACAAUAUUUUAAGAGGUAUGAUUUAUUUAUCAGAUUAAGUACUCCCACCUUAAGUUAAUUAUUUUUUAGUAGCAUAAAAUUUGGCAUUAGAAUAGAU